AUGAGCAAUUCAAAAAAAUAUUUCUCUAGUUCGUUGCGCUCACGUGUGGCGUCGUUAGCUGCCCUUUGUCAGCAGUAUUUCUUCUUUGUGCUGGUACUGUUCAUCGCUGAAAUCGUGGCCAUUGUGCUGUACUUCGUUUACAAGAGUAGUAUACGCGACAGUUUCGUGACGGUGUGGCGUAACGAGUUGGUGAAUAAGUAUCAGUCUUCACAGACAAUUCGGGAAACACUCGACAAUAUCCAAUCGCAGGUGACUUUCAUUGAGAGUCGUAAUCAACAUCCUAAGAAUAUCGGUUGUGCCACCUAUAUAUGGCAACUGUUGGAGUCGAACUUCAUCUAUGUGAUCGUCGUGGCUGCCAUUAUUCUUAUAGUUGAGUUCUUCGCAAUGAUCUUCUCAUGUGUAUUGGUGAGCGCUGUCAAAGAGAAGAGGAACAGUUAA